AUGACCUCGGACGCAUCAUGUAGCCUUUAUGUUUCCAUGAAAAAUGGCGAAUCGGAAGCUUCGUAUAAAUACUGGGGUCUCUUUAUCAACAGCCCCACAACACACCAACAGCUAGUUCUCCAUGUUGAAGGCUUUUCCAAGAACUUUCGCUUUGACCGACAAUUGGCAGAUCCUCGCGACUCCGACAAUUUUUCAGAGCUUAUUCAUCUGUGUAAUGUGCCUGUUUCACACAUUACACUCAUCGAUCAACCAGCAGAAGAAGCAGAAGUCCACAAUGAGUUCGCAGGUUACAACUGCCAGGACUAUGUCCUCCAGCUUUCGGAUGAUCUGGAGGCCAGAAAGCUUAUCAACGGGAAAGAUGCACAAUACAAGAAGCAGAAGGCACUCGUGGCGAGCAAGCAAGAGGGAUUUGACUAA